CAAAAGGCAUUUCUAUUUUGUCCACCCUGAGGAAAUUUCAUGCAGAGUCGUGAAGGGGAAUGCCAUUCAGAAUGAGGCGUCGCAGUAUUUCGGUUUUACCUGCAUGAUGUGCGAGAAAUCUGUAGUUGCACCCUAUAAGAAUGGGUAACAGUCAAUAAAAUAAAUGUGACCUCUUUGUUUAUGAGAAUUCACAAUGGAUAGAACAAAUUAAGUGUAGGCUGAAGCAAAACAAACAGAUCUGCUGUGACGGUUAAAAUCGGUGUUUUAACAUUUGAUUUGAGACGCUUCAAAUUGUGCCGGUUCGCCCCCGACAUGACACGAGUCUAUUUAUUAAGAAGUAGAGAAACGCCAGAAAACACGCACACGUAUCAAAAACCACCCCCAAAACAUUACCAUUGUCAAAUAAGUAUCUCUACCCUUUGAAGUUCAUUAUUAGUGAUAAGGACUGGGUUUAAUACAGUGCAACGUGGCAAAAAAAACAACCCAAAGAUUUGUAAUUCGUUGUAGAUAUAGGACAAAAAUAAAUAACAACACCACAAAAAAAGGUGUGAAAACAUUAGGGGAGGGUAGAGGACGGAGGGGGGUGUGGGGGCUGUCUUCAGACCCACUCCCCUCCUCUGAGGUGUGGUCUGUGCAUCUCUGAAGGGACAAAACCAGCAGCGUGCUGUGGAGAUGGUGGUUAGUCAGUGUGGCAGGUGAGCUGCCUGGAUUGUCCAGGCAAGAGCACCCAAGUCCUCAGUUGAACAUCAAGGUACUGUGACAUCCCUUUGAGAGCCGACAGCCCGUGCCAGAAGAUGACUGCCCCGAGCUCGGAGAAGGCGCUGGAUGGUGGCUGGGGCUGGGCCAUUGUGGCGGCAUCCUUCAUGGGCCAGCUCCUUGCCUACGGGUCCCCUCAGUCCGUCGGGGUGCUGUACCCGGAGUGGCUGAGCGCCUUUCAGGAAGGGAAAGGAGUGACGGCGUGGGUCGGCUCUCUGGUGUCCGGGGUUGGACUGAUUGCGAGUCCUGUCUGCAGUGCCUGUGUGGUGAACUUCGGCGCCAGACCUGUCACCGUCUUCAGUGGUGUGAUGGUGGCAGGUGGGCUGAUGCUCAGUGCAUUUGCCCCCAAUGUCCAGUUCCUGUUUUUCUCCUAUGGGAUAGUAGUUGGACUGGGCUGUGGGCUGGUGUAUGCUGCCACUGUCACCAUCACUUGCCAGUAUUUCGACAAGAGGCGAGGCCUGGCUCUGGGCAUAGUCACAACAGGUACGAGCGUGGGAGGCUUUUUGUAUGCCACGGCCCAGAAUGAGCUCAUAGAGCUAUACGGACUGGAAGGAUGCCUGUUGAUGGUUGGAGCGUUGUCCCUCAACCUCAUGGCCUGUGCUGGGCCCAUGAGGCCCCUUCGCCAGCCGGGUUAUUUCCUGAAGCAAAAAGCGGCGCUCGAACGGACGGAGGAGCAGCUUUCCAUCCGCCCGGAGAGGCACCCCUUCCCGGAGGAACCCAGCAAGAAGUGCCUCGCCAGCGUGGAGAAAGGUUUGGUGGCGGGCGACGGCGACGGGAAAGAUCCCGCAGCGUCCGAGAGGGCUUUCCUUGGCAGCUCUGCCCUCGUCCGGAUCAUCAAGCAGAAGCGGCAAGCCUACGCCAAGUACGUCCGCACCACCGGGGAGAUCCUGCGCGACCGGGUGUUUGCGUGCCUUUGCGUCUGCCUGUUCCUCUUCAGCCUCGGGGCCUUCCCGCCGGUGCUCUUCAUGGAGGACGUAGCCAGGAGCUCGGGCCUCGUCGAGGGAGUCUGUGUCAUCCCCCUCGUUUCCAUCGUAGCCAUCAUGACGGGCGUCGGCAAGCUCGCGCUCGGCGUCAUGGCCGACCUGAGCUGGAUGAACAGCCUGUACUUGUACACAUUCACCAUAGUUGGUUCAGGGGUGGUGCUUCUCAUCAUUCCCACGGCCGAGAGCUUCGUUGAGCUUGCAGUCCUUUCAGGACUGGUAGGAUUCUUCUCUGGGAACUGGUCCAUUACGCCAUACGUAACCACCAAGAUCGUGGGGCUCGAAGGAUUAACCCAGGCCUACGGGAUUUUGAUGUUCUUCGGUGGAUUUGGAAUUAUGCUUGGCCCUCCAGUUGUGGGUUGGUUCUACGACUGGACAGAGUCCUAUGACCUAGCAUUUUAUUUCAGUGGAGUGUGUGUGUUGCUGGGAGGAUUGGGCCUUUUGGUCUCUGCGUUGCCUUGCUGGGACAAAAACAUCAAAGACACCCCCAGGCCCGAAAUUAAAUACACCAGUAGCCACGGCAAAGUUGCCUCAGUUGCCUAGAUAGUGUUCAAAUGCACAACAUUUAGAAUUUUAUUAGAGCUCCCAAAGCUGCAUUGUAACAGCCUUUGUCAGGUACCCAACGUGGAGUGCUCAUGGGAGCCAGCAACUUAAUAGAGAAUUUCUCGUUCCUUCUUAAUUUGAGAGUCAUGAAAUUAAGUGGGUCGCUUGUUCUCAAAGGGCUUAACAUCCUAGCCGGCAGUGAUUUUAAUACUUCAGAUUUUUUCACGAUGUGUUCAAACGCUUUGCUAUUACAGUCCUGUUUUAAGAGACUCGGAUAAUCAAGUUGAACACGGCAUGCUGGUUACUGUAAUAAUUCCCUUUGUGGAUUGUGUCGCAUACCUGAAAGAGCAAAUCUCUUCCCUGUGCAUUGUGGGGGCUCUUACUGAAGUUACAAAAAGGAGCUUCUGUUGUAAAUUAUACAGGGUACAGUAAUAUUGGACAGUGCUGCCCACUGUUAAUACCAAACCAGGUGGGAAAUAUAGAAUAUUAUAUUUACCAUGCAAAUUGUGUAUAUACACAUACACACAUGCAAAACAUAUUGGAAUAAAUGAGGGAAAUGCACUUUAGUGCCUUUUACUCAGUAGAUUUUUGUUACAUCUUAAAAUGUUUGGUUGUUAACUCUUCUAGCAAAAGAGUUAAGCCUAAUGAAUAAAAAUGGUUCUUUGAAAUAAAAUGGUUCUUUGAAAAAUAAGAAUUAGAGUAAUAUGAUUUAUAUAAUUAAUAUGAUUUUCGCAAGGUAUCAUGGGAACAUGUGCAGGUUCUGAUAGGAUAUACCUGUAUACAUCACACUGAUAGAUGGAGAAAUGCUGAAAAGGGUAAACUACACAAGGAUGUGAUGUACGCAGAGUCUAAAAACACGGUCCAGUUCAUUUGCUGAUUUUGUGUAGCAUGCUUAAUACUUUAUAUAAUAUUAAAAAAGGCUGGUCCUUUUUCUAAAACAUGGAAGCAAUACAAAAAUAUUUUAUACUGUAUAUAUAUACAGUAAUUAUAUAUGCAUACAAUGGUUUUAAAGGUUAACUGAUGCUGUUAACUUUUGUAGACUUUGAUGCUGCCAACUUUUUCAAACAGUUAUUUAAAAUGCACUGAGCCAGAUUGUGUGAAGCCUAUGUUUGUAAAUGAUGUCAAUUUUUUAAAACCUCCACAGAAAAGAAUUUAUUGAGUAAUUCUUGUACUGUAAGUUAAGUUUCAAGAAAAUGUGAGAAACUGAAAUCACAACAAUGAAACAGACUUAUAACACUAGUAUUUUGUAUUAUUUUUACUUCCUAUUUUCUAAUGGAAAAUACUGUGUUUCAUUUUUAAGACUGAGAAAUGUAUGUGUGUAAACUAUUUUUGAAUACAUGGAAGGUGUAAUUUUUGAUGACAUUUUUGAUCCAAAUAUUGAAAGAAGUUUGUUGAUGCUGUAUUGCUAUUGAUUUUACUUGUACUUUCCUGUUCCACAUUGUCAUACGAUUUUUUUUCAUCAAUGUUAUUUAUCUUUGCUACAGCACUAUUUUUUUUCAGAACAG